AUGGGCUUCAACAAGAAGACUCACCCCUACUUAUCCCUACCAGACACUACCUCCAUUAGAUGCGAAUCCUCAGGUCCAGACACCAUGGAUAACGGAGUAAUUAACGAAUUCGCAGGUAGCAUGUUUUACCUAGAUGGCACCCUAAUCCAAGAACCCGAAUUCUGCCCACGAGAAAUCACAAACUGGGUAAACGUCUUCCUAAGUCGACAGGACAUAACCUGCGAUGACGAAUCACUCAUGCGCACCGUCGCGACGUGUAUUCGCACUGGCGUUGCUACUAUCACUGUGCACCCCAUGCACCACUCCCACCCGCUAUGUAUCUCGAUCAAGGUCCCCGGUGACUAUCACUCCAACAAGGCGUCUAUCCUUGCUGCUGCUGAGUUGCAGGCCGAUUGGUAUAGGCAGGAAAUUCGUUCGGGAAAAGUUCGUAUUAACAGGAACUUGUUGUUCCGUGGAUCAUCUGCUUGA